AUGACGUUCGAAUGGAUCGAAAUGAAAAAAGAUUUGGCGAAGAAAGUCAUCGAAAAAGGACAUCAAGGAAAGCGGCCGCGAUUUUGGAGUCAAAUUGAUGGGAAAGUGAUUAAAUUUCAACCUGGCACAGAGGAAGGGAACCCAAUAGCGGAUACAACGGAACAGCUUUCCAUGUUCCGUAUCGGCGUUGCCCAUGAUGAGUGGUCUCGGAUUCUUGAACUGUGUUUACAGCUGAUGGACGAACGCGAAGCAUCACCUAUUCCGUGUUGGGAAGUGUCGGAAGUUAUUCAAGUUAGCAAACAGUUAAAAGAGCAGGAAGUUCGACUUAUCAAACAACUGGCCGACAAUCGGGAAAACAAAGAUGAAGAAGCCGAAGUUUUAAAGAAAGACGUCACUGCAUUAGUGGCUUCUAUUUAUAACAAUUUAGCUGCAUGUCAAUUACUGGAAGCUAAUUACCGUCAUGUUCUUCAUCUGUGUGAUCAAGUGUUGAAGCGGGCUCCAUCCGACCCUAAAGCCAUCUAUAGAAAAGCUUCUGCUCUUCUAGGUUUAAGGCAGUUUCAAGAUUCAUUAGAAACAGUAAAAAUGGGACUUGUUCUGGAUCCUUCUAAUAAGGCAAUGCAGAGUUUGGAAAAAAAGGCCAAUAAUUAUUGCAUUCAGCAGAGAAAUGAGUUUGCAAAAGGAAUGAAAAAGUUUUUUCACUGA